UGUUUGGUUUUGUUCUUCCGCCUCUCUGAGGUUUUAUCUUUCAAUUUCUGUAGUGUAGAUCCUACAGGAUUGAGCCUGAUUACUUAUUGUAGUGUAGAUCACUACAAGUGGUAUCAGAUUGGGUCUUUUAUUGGAUUGAUCAUGGAUGAUUUUAGACUUAUUAGUGCUUCAAUGAGUGCAAAUUGUGAACUAAUUAAUCUUCGAUUGGAUUACUUAAUUGAAUUGGGAAAUAAUUCACCAAAUCGGAACCAGAAUCUCCUGAAUUUGUUGGAUCUCAUCCAUCAUGCGGAGAGGAAGGUAGAGUCAUUUCUUCACACUUCAAAUCAGGUCCCGCCAUCGGAGGAAACUUCAGUUGAAGUUGAUGAGGGUGCAGAAACAACGAAGAUGGAGGAUGUAAUUGACAGCGAAGAAAUUGUUGAAGACUCAAUUGACAUAGAGUUGGUCACUGUUUUCAGCCGAAAUUCGUCAACCUCAUUGGAAGAUGUAGAUGAUGAUUCUCAUGAAUUAGAGUUAAUUCCUCAAUUUUUCUUUGCUGAAGAAGAAGGUGAUUAUUCUCUUGAAUUGGAGUUGAUUUUUCCAUAUUUCUUUGUUGAAUCUGAAGAUGUUGAUUCAUUGACUGGUAGGAGUUUACUAUGUGAAGAAGUUGAAACACCGGAGACAAUUGAGUUCUCCCAGGAUUUAAUUGCUCCUCUCGAUCUGAACUGUAAGAAUUGUCUUUCUCUCCAUCUUGAUUUUACUCGUAACAUUUUUGAUCGUGGAAGGUGGUUUCAUGGGUCAAUUUUCAUUGAUGAUUACCAUUGGAGAUGUGUUUUCGAGUUGGCUUUAAAACAUGGGUAUAAAUUCAAUUCGCUGUUAAGAAAUUCAAGUGCAGUAGUUUCGGUUGAGGAUGGUAAUACUGGUGAUGGAAAUUAUAUGUUUGUUAAGAUGCUUCAAUGGGGUAUCAGUCACCAAAUGGCUAGUGUGAAAUCUUCUCACCCUUGUUUCAACCUUACCAGUAGAGUACUUGAUCGAGGAAAGAAGUUUGAAGCUAUUAACAGGUUGUAUUUCAUCACACACCCAACUCAAAUAACUUCUAUACGUGAUAUUUCAUCUAAUGCUAAGUAUACUAGGCUUAUAUUUGAUAGAGGACGGUUGCUGGCAUUGAGUAAGAGGUAUUAUUACUACAGAAGAAGCUUUGAAUUCAGUUUUGGUGUCAUUAUUUCUUCUGGUUUUGAAUUGUUCUUAGUGAGGUCGAAUAUGUUUCUGCAUGUUGAAAAGAGUUACAAUCAAGAUGAUUGCAAGUUGUUAGAUAGAAGGCAGCAGCAAGGUAAGGUUCUCUGGAUUGUUUUUCUACGUCAAAUGACAAAGGAAGCUGCUUAUGGCAAAGCUGGAGAACUAAUUGAUCAACUGCACCAUACUGGAAUCUGGAGUGGCAGUGAUGAUAUAAGUUCUGUAAUCUUGCAUCUGACGUGCUGGGUACUUAGUAACUUGGUCGCUCGCUCUGUAAUACAUGGGAGUGGAAAGGAGCUUAGGUACCUCCAGACGUUCCUUAUUUCAAUUUCCACAGUGGUGAAAGGUCAUAUUUAUCUUUCAGAUAUCGGGGUCUUGCACAUAUUAUUACUUACAUUUGAAGUUUAUGAGCGAGAAUUGCUUAAGAGGUAUGCUUAUUACGUUAGAAGCAACUUCGAUAUCAAUUUUGGUAUACUUAAUUUUGGUCGAAUGGUUCUUAAUGGGCCAAUUUUUACGAAUAAGCUCAACGUACCUGUUGUUUAUAUGCUGAUUACAGAACUUGGGCAUGGUUCAGAAUUGUUGUCGGCGAAUUCGAAUGUGAUUUUAGUUGUUAAAGAUAGCGACAGUUGUUAUUGUAGAAAACUGUUUAUGAAAGUGUCACAGAAAGGUGGUAUCACCAGUCAUUGUUAUGGUAGAAGGUUGUUUGAUCGUGGUAAAGAUUUGGACGUGCUUAAAAGUGGGAAUUCUGUAUACGAGUUAAUUCUGGAAUUUGCGUACUGCCUUGAUUUGUUAAUUAAGUAUCCAGAGGUAUUUUUGUUUGAUAGUUGUAUUACUCGCAAAUUGUGUGAAAAAAUAUUUCAGCAAGGUAAAUUGGCUGGGAAUAUAGAGUGGAGAUCGAGUAGUGGGGAUUUAUCUGAUGCCGCCGGAAGUCGUCUUUGGUGAACCAUUGAAUUUUCGUGUUGGUGUACAUGAAUGUAGACAUGGCUCAGACAUUGUUUUGCUGGCUUUGAAAAUUCUACCCAAGCUUCUUCAAACUAUUUUGCUGACUGUUACCAUUGCUGCAAGAUUCGUAUAUCCUUUGUCCCAGAAUUUUCCAAGUCAUCUGCAUGACAUCUAUAACACCCUUCAAGGUAAAGAAAUGAGGACUCGAGCAAUUCACCGUGCGUCUGGGAUUGUUUUUCCCUCUUUUAUAUAUUUUCUAGCAGGCUGUCGAAUAUUGUUGGGGGGCAUGUGGCGGGUCAGGAUACUUCGAAAGAACUGCAGAUGCCACACAGUUGAAGGUUUUAUGCAUUAAAUUACUUCAAGUGGCAGGGAAGACUGAAUCCAGCGAUGAAAAAGAAUUAUCUUACGAGAUGCAUCAUGGUAAUAGAUGGAGUUCCAGCUGUGGUGAAGGUUCUCAAGUAUUGAAUUUGAGAUAUGACUUACUUCAUAAAAUUGAACAUCUGUAUAUGAAAUCCUUGGAGAUCCAUGUUACUGGAUGAUGCCUCACGGAUUAUUUUAAAGAAGUCAAUAUGUGUGCACUUGUUCAUUUCUUAUAGUGCUGGCAAGCUGUGUGAUGAAUUUUUACAGCAAGAGUUUGAAUUAAUUGUGUGCAGUGGUGGUUCGUGGAGUAUAUUAAGUGGUAAUGUGUUCGGUAGGUUUUUUACUGGCUACCUGAAGAAAUUCGCUCUACAGUUUGUAGUAGUAAUCAGUGGUGUCUCGACUGUAAGAAAUUCCUUGUAGUGGCGGUUGGAGUCACAGAGAUGCUCAUAGAUGUUAAUACUGGCGAGGACGGGUGACACGAGUGGUUAGAGGAAUUACCUACGGACGUGGUUGCUGUUCUUACUUGGAUAGAUGUUGCAGUUCCGAACUGUUCGUUUCUAGGGAGUCAGAUCAUCAUUUUUUUAAAGAACCGUUAUGGAAGAGUGGAAUUCUUUAAAAGAAGAGUGAACAGUAUAGAGAAGCUUGUAAAGACUUAUGGCGGGAAAAGAAAAUGGUAUGAGCUGCUCAGUCAAAUGUGUAUAGAAGUUGUUGGUGAAGAGAUUUGGAUAUUGACAGUGGUUCGUACUGGUGGUAUAAGGCCCUUUUGGAGUCAGCUGUGGCAGGAGGAAUUCAGGGCGUUCGAGGAAUUAUUGACACACACUGUGGUUUCAACUCCAAAUACAGCUAAGUAUCUCAUCACCAGGGUUUGUAUGCUCAAGUUUGCUGCAGUAGACAUAUCUCUAUUCACUACACUACAUGGCUUCCCUGUAUACAUGGUGUACAGUCAAGAGUAUAGUAUAUACUCAUUAGUUGGUCUUGGCAAGAGUUGCUCACCAUAUUAGCUACUUCUUGCUACACAAACAUCAGUAUACCCAAAGGUGCUCCUACAGUCACUGCUAACACUAUUUUUGGUUGGUAUUCAUGGAUGCAAGUGGUCUCUUUUAUUAUUACCUACCUAGACGUGAGUUCAGCUUAUGUGGGCCUUGGUGUUGAAGAUUAUAUGUGUUCCAUCUUUUGUAGUGACGGUGAACAAGCUGCAACAACUAUUUAUCUCUUCGGCCCCGCUUAUUCCAUUUUCAUAUCUACCAUCCUUGAGGACAAGGAUGAUUUGAGGGGGUGGGAUUUGUUAUGUCCCAUUUCUUAUAGGGCACCCGUGUGUAGAUGGUGGAUUUUCGACAAAGAGUAGAAUUGUAAAACUAUAUUCCAGAUUCGGCAAUCGGAUGAGUAUUGAGACUCAUGUCUCUCAUUAAAGCAUGAAA